AUGUGUGAAGACGCCUUUGGAAUGAGCGCAGGCAACAAACCGCUUCCUACCUCCGCGUUUGCCUCCAGCGGAAAAUUUGACGCGUUUCCUGUUGAGGGAGUCACGCGUUUGCAUUCAUUGAAGGCAGCUUCGCCGUUUACGGGAGCAGUAGCAUCACUUGGCCAUCCGUCGACACUGCACAGUAGCGGGGGGCGCUCGGUCGCAUCGAGCGAAUCUCGUUUAGGCAAGUACUUCCUCCUGACGCGCCCAACUGCUCCGGCUGAAGGUGCAUUCGGUGGCUUGACUCGGCCCGGUUCCGGCGCACGGUAUGCGGGGCACGACGUUUGUUCGGAGUUGUGUUUGAGCGGUACUUUGACGGAGAAGCUCAACCGUCGCACCAGCCAGCAUGAGGCUCUUGUCGAGCGAGUGUGGGGUGGUGGUUCCGUUAGGGGUGCAGACGUACGGCAUGCUCACCAUGAUGCUGGAAGUUUCCGUACGGAUAAGUUGCCCAAGACAAAGGGGGGUCGUGGCCAAACAGUUGCAAACCAAGAUGUUUUGGAUCGUCGCCCUGGAUCACGCGUCAAGGCUACUAAACCAUACUCUAGGUAUGCAUGGCGAGCGAAGAGAAUGACGAAGUCACACUCCAAUGCCGACGAAUUCGCCACCGCCACACUCAAGUCACGACCAGUGAUGCCUCCGUGGCUCCUGCACACUUUGAAUACUGUUUCCCACAAGAUUUCCUUUCCAUUGGCUCUUCGAGACUUGCCCAAGCACUCGGCUCUUGCACUCAACCAUGGGUCACAGGGCUCGCUACAACCUCGAGGCCUCGUAAGGACAUCUCGGCGCAAAUCACUCGAACCGCAGCGUAUAGAACCAAGCACAGCUCUAGAAGAUGAUGCUAUCUUUGCCUUCAUGCCCCCGCCUCUUGACCCUUUGGGGUCAGCACUGAUCAACAAACCUGGUCCUUUCGCCACGAGCACACCUCCAAACUCUAACGUACAACCACGUCAGCUGAGCCAACCUGAUGAAGAAUUUGAUUCGAGUCUAUUCACAACCAGAAUUCCCCGGAUCGAUGCGUAUCCGCCAGUAUCGUCUGUUGGUUCGUCCGUUAUCUCGCCUCCUUCGACCGCACCCUUUGUAUUCUCAGAAGUGCCCCUGUGCGAUAGCCCUGAACAUAACGGCGGAGAAAUAUUCGAUGCAGCCCUUAGGAAAACAAACGGCUCUGCAGAUGUCUUCGGCGCGGUGUGGGCCGCACUUCGACCUGCCAGACCUUCUCCAGAGACCAAGUCGCGUUUCCCGAAAUACUAUUCUCGUCUUAAUCCCGUAUUUCGACCUGGUUUACAAGCAGAACAGAUGGCCUGGCCGACGAGUAGACAGGAGUAUCAAAACUUGGACUGGAAACCAUCUUUUCCAGACGCACGUGUACCAAAUCAUCGUGUGGCCACUGUGCCUCUCAAGUCGCAGCUUCGCAGUGGCUUCCUGGGUGCCCCAGAUCCACUUGUAACCAACACCGCAAUCGAAGACGCUGUCGCCGCUGCCAAUCGAGAUGCAAACACCUCGAACCACGUUCGUUUCUGCGUUCCAAGCAGUCCCUCGGCUACGUCCUUUGUCUCCUGUUCUCCUUCGCGACUCUCUGAGCUAUUACACCCGUUGAUUCUCGAGUCGAUUGACCGUACAGAACACAAAGGUGAGUUUAGUGUCCAGGCAACCCCUAAAGAACAUCCUUAUGAAGGGCGAGAUGUUCUGGACCAUGAAUGCGUCAUGCGUACUGUGCAGAAUAUGGACACCUCCUAUAACGAAAUUCCAUUUGACCGCACUGGUGUGGCUAAGAUGGAGGUUUCGGAUCCGAUACCGCGUGGUGGAGAGACAAUAGCAAUUCAUGCACCUGUACUUUACAGUAUUGAAUGA